UGUAAAGUAUUACUUCAGAGUUUAUAAAUUAAUAACGCGCAACAGCUGAGUGCUUAGGUCUACUAGUACUAAUAAGAACAAAGAGGAAGUGUAACUUAAUAAAUAAACAACGGUGUAAAUAGUGUAAAACUGUCGAUUUAAAAAUGAACGGCUUAAAUUUCCAGAAGUGCCGGUCUCUCCUUUGGCUUUUCAAACAACUUACACUUAUCAUAAUAUUCAACACGCUGUCACAGUCAUAUCUACCGCCAACAACAAGCGCAUCACCACAAAUUGCAACAACAAUAACGCCAACUGCAAGCACACAACAACUGGACAAUCCCGAUUGCAACGACGCGCGCUGUGAAUGCACCGGUCAUAAGGUUCAUUGUUUCAUGAAUGGCGUUUCUAUAGAUAUCCACGACUACGCUUUUAUACAUAGUAUUUCUAUAAGCUGCCAGGAGAAUACAACUGCUAAGGAAAUACAGCAGGCGCAAUUCCCUUACCCCUUACGGUAUAAUGAGGUUGAAUUUGAAAUAAAGAACUGUGCAGUCUUGCCGGAAAUAUUGAGACGCGCAAAUAUAAACUACAUUGUUACUAUCAUAUUCGAUAGCGGUUUAUCUGUGCCUGCGCGCCUUUUACACAACGCGAUUGGUUUGCAACGGUUAUGCUUUCAUUUGAAAGGUAUUAACCCCGCUGAGGACAUAUUGUCCGCACAACUGUUUCACAACCAAAGCACAUUGAAAGAACUUGAGUUAGUACUGUAUUGUGAGCCUUAUGAGAUAACACUACCAUCGCAAAUAUUUUAUACGCUCUACGGGCUGGAGAACCUUGAAGUGCACAUCUAUAGAAGUACUUAUAUGGACGAUGAAAAACCUUUGCUGCAUAAUUUGACGGCGGAACAUUUUCGUGAUACAUCGAAUUUGCGUAAACUAGAUUUGGGAGGUAAUUACAUGCAAACAUUACCAAGUGAACUCUUUGCCACGUUAACCGAGUUAAACGAAUUGACUUUAUCAUCGAAUGAUUUGGAGGCGCUGCCAAGUGGUUUACUGCGCGCGCAAAGAAAACUGAUCCUUCUAGAUCUUUCUGAAAAUCGGUUGCAGGCGCUACCACCUGACAUCUUUGAUACGACUCCGCUUUUAUGGAAGCUUGAUUUGAGAGAAAAUAAAUUUAGUGUGCCUACAAAUAUUAUUGCUGCUGUUCGGCCACUGCGCUAUCUCUAUCGACUCGAUUUGAGUAGCAAUAACUUUACCCAUAUUGCGGGUGCUGGCGAGUUUGAAAAUUAUACAUUACUUUCGCGUCAGCAAAUCAGAGAAAUUGGUGCAGCGCCGCUUUCUUUGCAACAGUAUUUGGAGCAACUGCCGAGUGAUCGGGAUUAUCUGGCGCCAUACAAUAUGCCAUUCAUCGAUCUAGGUUAUAAUAUCAUCGAAACACUGUACUUACAUGAGAUCAGCUCUGCUGAUGCAGGAUGUCCCUAUGUGCUAAAUUUCUAUAAUAAUAAAAUAAAGCAUAUUCACGCGUUAAGUUACCUACCUCAGGUUGAUGGCGUGUGUACGCGUAAAAUAAUAUUAGAUGACAAUCCACUGCAGUGCAACUGCAUCUUAUCUUGGAUCCACAACGCAAACAUCUUAAUCAGGGCUAGGGAGUGUGUUGGUCCCGAAGGCCGCACAUAUUUGUAUGAGAAUCGCUCUAACUGCACCUGGACGCCACGGCUUUGUCCCACCGCCUGCAAUUGCCACUAUGACGCGCGAACGCUGCACAUCAACUGUACACACGCGCGUUUGGAGAGUCUUACGGAGCUACCCCGCCCAGAGCAGGUUUCUUUGACACAGAAUACGCUUGAUAUUUCGCACAAUCUCUUUUUUGAAUUACCUUCGAAUGCGACCUCCGGUUAUGCCAAUGUUACGCGCUUGUAUGCGGCACACAAUCGCAUAGAAAAUAUACACAGCGCGCACUUGCCGCCGCAUUUGGAAGUGCUUGAUGUGCGCAACAAUAGUUUAGAGCGCUUGAGCGACAGUUUCAUAGAAUACUAUCUCAAUGAAGACGUAACUUUGCAACAGCUCUAUCUCUCUGAAAAUCCAUGGCAUUGUGACUGUGGCGCUGAGCAGACGCUUAACGCCGUGCGCACGCAUCGUAAGCGCAUACCCGAUGUGGACCACUUGACUUGUGCUAAUCUAGAGAAUAUCAGCUUGCUGCAAGCGCGCUACGAAGAUGUAUGUGUAUCUGAAUCAGUGCGCUUGGCGUGGUUACUUUUCAGCAUAUCACUGGUAAUUAUUGUGUUCAUAAGCCUAUUGGCGCUUUAUUAUAAAUAUAAUUUGGAGAUCCAUGUGUGGCUGUAUGCGCACGGUAUAUUUCUCUGUUGUAUACGCGAACAUGAGUUGGACAAGGACAAAACUUUCGAUGCAUUCAUAUCGUAUGCCCAUCAGGACGCACGUUUUGUCAAUGACAUUCUAUUGCCUGGUCUAGAGCAGGGUGAGCCAGAAUUUAGUGUCUGCACGCAUGAGCGCAAUUGGUUGGCGGGCGCUUACAUACCCGAACAAAUUAUUGAGUCAGUCGCUCAAUCGCGUCGUACGAUUAUUGUCCUCUCACAACAUUUCAUCGAAUCGGAUUGGGCACGCAUGGAAUUCCGUACCGCACAUCAGUGCGCCUUGAAUGAGCGACGCUCGCGCAUUAUUAUAAUAAAGUACGGUGAGCUUACCGACUUGACGAAGCUCGAAAAGGAGUUACGCGCCUAUUUGACUAUGAACACCUACUUGGAGUGGGUAGAGCAUCCAUGGUUUUGGAAUAAGCUACGUUAUGCAAUGCCACAUCGCAAGGGAGAGGUGCGCAGUGCCGGCAUGCUUGAGUUGAACGAACGGAGAGUAUAUGUCAUUGGCGAUGUAGAGCGGAAUACGUUGCGCGAACGAGAUGAAUAGUAUUUGCAAUACUGUUGGGGAUAGGCGUGAUAUCUACUUUUUAUUUUAACAAUCAAUUUAAAGUCAACAUUUUUAGUAAAAUUUGGAGUUCCAAAGUUAAUUAAAAUUAUUUUGCUUCGCUAAACGAAAAUGUACCCCUCACUGUAAGAUUUACUGCUUUUGAAAUUUUUGGUCAGUGAUAUAAGAUACUAUUAUUAGUUUCAACAUAACUUUUGUAAAAGGUGACAAAGGAUUCGUAAUUCAACUCUGAUCACUUUUGAAUAUAUGAAUAUCUAUAUCUAUUUUGUUUAGUUUUAGGUGUAACAAACAACUAUUAGAUGAACAAAACAUUAUACUUCGUGCAACAUCUAUCUGGAGUUCUUCAUCUCACUUUAUAACUGCUUAUUUAUUUCAAUUUUAAUUUACGUGUACAAUUGAACAGAUGCUUGCGCACCGACCUUACGGCGUUUUUCACAACAGAAUACC